ACGUACCGGUAGGUUUACGUUCUUGACUAAUUCAACUUCAUGGAAAUUAUUGCGUCGUCAAACAGGGCAAAUUUAUGAUCGACCCUAAUAGUAAACAUGUGAUAGAAAUGUCAAAAAAUAUAAACAAACUUCUACGAUCCUGAAUUUGCAAAAUGAGUUCACGCAACCGAGGCCGUGGAAAACGAGGGGGCGGUACGCGUGGACAAUACCGUAAUGUUAAGAGUAAUCGCAAUUGUGAGCGCAAUUUCGCGCAGCGCGCAUCUGAACUAGCCGGUGAUGAGGAGAAUUCAAACAGCGGCGAUGACGGUGACAGCAGCUCAUCAUCUUCCGACGCAGGUAUAGAUGGCAUUGGGCGACCACCCAACUUUCCCAUAGCCAUGUGGGCUAACCAUUGCGACCCAAAGAAAUGUUCGGGGCGAAAGUUGGCACGUUUAGGACUGAUCGAAAACCUUCGUUUGGGCCAGAAGUUUCCUGGUCUGGUGUUAACACCAGUAGGGGUGAGCUGUGUUAGCCCCCUUGAUAAGGAAAUUGUUGAAGCAGCAGGUGUAGCAGUGGUCGAUUGUUCUUGGGCUAAACUGGAAGAGACACCAUUUAAUCGCAUGCGAAGCCCACAUCCACGUCUACUGCCAUAUCUUGUGGCCGCGAACCCAAUUAACUACGGGAAACCCUGCAAAUUGAGUUGUGUCGAAGCGAUUGCAGCUACACUGUAUAUUUGUGGUUACGUGGCAGAAGCGCAAUGGUACAUGGGCAAGUUCUCGUGGGGACACUCAUUUAUUGAACUCAAUGAAAGCUUACUUAAAAAGUAUGCUGAAUGCAAAUCUAGUGAGGAAAUAGUCAGGGUACAAAAUGACUACAUAGAGCAAGAGAAAGCAGCACAUAAUAAACCAAAAGAUUUUAGUGAAUUCUAUCCUACAAGCAGUAGUAGCGAAGAGGAGGAAAAAGACCACGAUAAUGGGGCUAGCAUAAGCGGGAAAAAAUAAUGAAUUGAC